AUGGCACCUGGGCGACACGCCCAAGACAGUAGUCGAUCUCGGCAGCCACAUCACAGCCGGCAUGAUCGCGACGACGCCUCCAUCGAUAGCCGAGACAGCGGCUAUGGAGGCUCUGCAGCAAACUCGCCAAAAGACGCCCACAAUGUGCAAAGAGACGCGUUACGUGACUAUCAUGCCGAAUCUGCUAAGCACCAUGCAGAGUCCGGGAGACGAUUCAGCCAGUCCGAGGAUGCCGAACAGGGCGGACCCAAGGCAGAGAGAGAGGAGAGGGACUCCGAUGGUGACUCGGACUACGACCCAAGAGACAAGUACUACCUAAAAGUCGACGAUGAUGAGUACAAAAACAUGACUUCUGGAACCAUCGGGUCAAUCAAGGACGACCAAGUUCGCGAUCACGCAGAUGAGAAAGGAGAACGACGGAGGUCUGAUGCUUCGGGAAGCCACAGGAGGGAACGCCGGCAAAGCAGCGCAUCGGAGAGAGACAGGAGAGAGAGACGAGAGAGACGCGAGAGUGAUGCGUCAAAAGCGUCCAGACGGAGCGACCGCGACCGGAACCGAAGGGAAGACAGAGAUCGCGACCGGCACAAGUCAUUAUCCUCGCGUCGGCAUUCCACAACAUCCGACGGCAGCGACUCUAGCGAGCGCCGCGUCAAACACUCGUCUAGGCGCUCCAACGCAUCCAGCAGCCCGUCAGGAAGCCGGGAUCGAAAGGAAUCGUCGCGCCGCCGCACCGAUGCCUCAACAGCGUCGCAUUCUCGCCACGACGCUAAUUACCGCUCAUUGUCCCCCAUCCCAUCCGACUCAUGGGAGGAGUCGGAAGACUCAGGAGAGAGGUCGCCCCGGCGGCGGGCCAGCCGGUCGCACACCCGCUCCGAGAGGGAUUCCAAGACGAGUCCCAAGCGAAGCAAGAGCCGCGACGAGUCGAACCGCGACGAGUCGGCCCGCUACAUCGACCCGGACGGCGAGGCGGCAAAGUCGUUCCUGGACAAGCUGACGAAAGGCGUCGACCUGAAGUCGGUGGGCAAGGUCGGCCUGGACGCCGCCGCCGUGGCGGCCAUCAAGAUCGCCGUCGGCACGCAGAUCCCCUGGAAGCAGCGCAUCCCGAAGACGAUCACUGUUGGUGCUGCUGCUGCGAUAAUGGACUUUAUCGUCAAGAAGACGAAUUUCAAACCUAAAGGAAUGAUCGGAACCAUCUACGCGAGGCAGUUUGUCGAGAUUGUCUUGGCCAACCUGAUUAUCAACCCGGUCAGCACAAAAGUUACUGGCGCGGCACAGAAUUCAAAGGGCAAGGCGCCUGCGGGCAAGACGGGCGGUGGUGGCGGAGGAAAACGAUGA